AUGAAAGGGAGCGAUGAGCGACAUCUUUACCCUACUGUCAAUGAACGACACAGCACAGCAGCCAGUUAUGAAAAAGACGGAUACCCGCUUGGAACUGGCACAGGAGGUGGACCCGUCCCUGGAACAUUAGGUGUGAAUCAAUUUGGCGCUGGCCAAGGCGGCGGUAAACCACCGAAACCAGGCUAUGGCUCUUUGGGAGCAGGAUACCCACAACAAGGUGGCGUACCACAGGUGCCCGGAGGAGGUUAUGGAGGCUAUCCACAAGCCUACCCAGGAUAUGGAGCUGGACAGUUGCCACAACAAGGAUAUGGAGCUGGACAGCCACAGCAAGGAUAUGGUGGACUGUCGCCACAGCAAGCUAAAGCAGCCAAGUAUGGAAUUCAAGGAUUCUAUGGUGCUGGCUACAGAGGUGGAGCUGGGUGCCAAGGCAAAUACUGUGGUCGGAGGAGAAAGUGAACGAUGUCUUGAGAUGUGAACUGACCUCAAGAAACAAUGGUGCUACUGCAUGAUCUUCUAGAAUGUACAUUUGAUAUGCAGAAAAGAUAAAAACAAAAGUCCCGUUAAAUGUACAAAAGUCGCAUACAGUAGGAAAUAUUUUUCUAUACCCACAAACCCAUGAUGUUGCACAUUUGACAAGUUGUUGACAAGCACCACAUCAACAUUUUUUCCUUUGUGGCACACAACUGUUUUUUGUUUGUUUGUUUCUGUUUUUUUUUUUAAAUAAUAUUUAAUGUUUGCUCCACUAGUGCAGUUUUAAGGCUUUUACCUUUGACACUUUGGAAUUCUGUAUUUGAGCAUUCACUAGCACCUUUGCAAAUCUUAUGACCAGGCCCAAAGCUUUAUUGUUAUUUUCAGACCUAAAUUCCAGACAUACCACAGAGGUAGUGUAAGGUGUGUGUGUGUGUGUGUGUGUGUGUGUGUGUGUGUGUGUGUGUGUGUGUGUGUGUGUGUGUGUGUGUGUGUGUGUGUGUGUGUGUGUGUGUGUGUCUGUGUCUGUGUCUGUGUCUGUGUCUGUGUCUGUGUCUGUGUCUGUGUCUGUGUCUGUGUGCCUGUGUGUCUGUGUGUCUGUGUCUCUGUCUGUGUGUAUGUGUAUGUAUGUCUGUGUGUGUGUCUCUCUCUGUGUGUGUGUGUGUGUGUGUGUGUGUGUGUGUGUGUGUGUGUGUGUGUGUGUGUGUGUGUGUGUGUGUGUGUGUGUGCAAAGCUUUCCAAACAAACGUUAAGGCUACUUUGUGUGAAACAGCACAGAACAACCUCCCAUUGUAAUAUCCAUGGAAGCUGUGUCCUCAAGGUGAAAUCCACAUUUCAGACAUGCCAAAGUGAUGAGGUCUGAGGCCUGUCAAACUGCUGGUAGAUAGCCUCUUUGUUUAGAACUGUACUUGGCUCAAUAUUAUCUGUGACAAGCUGCUAUUUUGGCCCUGGUACAGUUGAUAGUGAAUGGCAGCGUUGUUUUCCAAUAAAAGUAGUCACCUAGCUUGUCAUAGUCUUUUUAUCAUCAACUCUAGCCACGGCAACUUUAAGCCUCUUUAUAUUAGAUUCACUGCCUUGUCAACUUUAUGUUAGCAUGAAGAGCUCGUCCAGCUCUGAUUAUGUUCAAUAGAUAUGAGUAGUGAUUGAGCAUUGAACACAACAUGCAAAUCAUCCCUCUCAAGGAACUGGUGCUCUCCUGUUGUGUGGCUUUGUGCCAAUGUGCCACAAAAAAAAACAGAAUACCUGUUCACACAACAAUCUUCUUGGAUGUAUACCAUGUAUGAAUGAUUUACUAAUAGGCUUUAAAAAUACACAACAAUUGUGAUUCCCCACUAUUGGGGGAGAGGUGCUUAUGUCGCUCGACCUAGAAUGUUUCAUUUAAGUCAUUUAAUAUUCAAACAUAAUUUUGUUUUUAUAUAUUUUAUGUAAACAACGUGUUAUUAGGCAACCAUUGCAUUUGUUUUUUCACCAUGUUGAACUUGACUCAAAAAGAUAGAACACAAAAUUCAGUAACAAUCUUGUUUUACUUUAGCUUUCAGUAGUUCAUGCAUAUAGUCACUGUGGAGAAUUAUACUGUACAACUUUUUUAUUAAGUGUGAUUUUGUGUGUUUGUUUUGCCCCCUUAAAUAUUGUGAUCAUGUGACGUUAUGUGUAUCUUACUUUUCUGUGUUGAGAUUCGCCUAUUAAUCAUAUGUCAUGUUGUUCAAAGGUAAUUUCCCACAUUGGCGGGUGGGAUGACUGUUGUUAGACCCAAACUGAAAUGAGCUUUAGUUUUUUAUGCCCAGUGCUGUAUCUAUUUGAACUGCCUGUGAGCCCCUAGCAGUCGACCCUUCCCACUGUGCCGUGGAAUUUACAUUUUUAUUUAAUGGGAGUGGUGGAGGCAUUGCACUUUUUCCACGACGCACAUCUGACUAGUUCCCGGAAAUUCCGGCAUUUAAACUGCUUCAUAAACAAUUAAAUACAAAUAAAAAUAUUAAAAUACUA